UCGCACGGGUAGCGCACAACAGCCAAGUCGGAUUUGGAUUUAGACUUGGAUUUGGAUAGGUCUUCGGUAUUUCCAACUUCAUUUCCACUACUUCAAUUGGUGACUAUGCGAUUCGGAGUUGGUUGUCUUCUGGUGCUCCUGGGCAUUUGUGGUGCCGCACGGGCGGAUCUCACAUAUCGCGGAAAUGCGGUUCAUCCAGAUUAUCCUGGUCAGUGUUACUAUGAGGAACUCAACCAGGCCAUUCCCAAGAAGCAGUCCUACAAGCCCAUCAAUCGCGAGGGCUACUGCCAAUCUAUCUACUGUCGGCCGGAUUAUGUCCUAGAGAUUGGCUACUGCGGUCGCCACAACCUGGUGCCCACGGAGAAAUGCAAGAUCGCCUCGGACAUGCGACGCACCUUCCCCGACUGCUGUCCCAAGUUGGUUUGCCGGGAGUCGGAGAGCAACUACAUCUAGGCUGGACCCGGAUGCCACAUGCAGCAUAUAGUAUUACUUCGCUUGCCCCGUUUAGUUUUGGAAUAACCAUUCCUUAACUUAGUAUUACUUCGCUUGCCCAGUUUUGUUUUGGAAUAACUAUUCCUUUAAGAUGUAUUUGUUAAAAAUUCACUAUAUUUCCGUUUUACAUAUCUAUGUUUUAUAAACGGGACAACUACCAAACUUAAAAAGUAAAUAUAUGUUUGUAUAUCAUGAAAAAUGA